UAUCACUUUCUAAUUGGCAGAUGAACUCAUACGACAUUACGUUGAAAUGAUUAGUACCGCACUCUACAACAAAAUACCGAGUCACUUCAAGGUUGAGUGUGAAGUGCUUCCAUGUCCCCACUUAGACCCUAACCCCCGAGCUGCAAACUACGGCUUGGCGACGGACCGUGACAUCAGGCGGCAUUCCCGUCCCCUCAAGUGGAUGUGGGAUCCCGGUCGAUCGGUGCGUUCAACCGGGCCAUGCGUCCAGCGUCUCGGGACCGACGAAACUCCCCUCUCUUUCCCCUCCGGACCCAUCAACGAAGCCUCUGGAACCGCGGACCCGAAGAGGCGAGAUCACCGGCCAAGAACCGCUCGUCGCCAACGCUCGAACACCUUGUAUACAAUACAAUACUACAAUACCUAUCUUAGUUGAAUCACCCCGCAUUGCAGCAUUGACGCGCGCGCAGUCAGACGGCCGGCAAGAUGAUGCGGGCACAGCUCGGGCAGAGGCAGCAGCAGCCGCACCACACCCCACACGAUGCUGCCGGUGUCCGGGACGCGGCCUUCCCGGCGCUGCAGAACCGGGCCGGCGAGAGUGACAGCCCCUACGUGCGUAGGCAUGCCGACACUCCCGUGGCAUGGCAGAUGCUCGACGCCGACACCCUGGCGCGGGCCACUGCCGAGAACAAGCCGAUCUUCAUGCACAUCGGCUUCCUAGCUGACCACCUCUGCCACCUCACGACACAAGACUCCUUCGCCAACCCGGCCGUCGCGUCCUUCCUCAACGAGUCCUUCAUCCCGAUCCUCGUCGACCGCGAGGAGCGCCCAGACCUGGACACGAUCUACCAAAACUACAGCGAGGCGGUCAACGCCACGGGCGGCUGGCCGCUGAACCUGUUCCUCACGCCCGACCUCUACCCGAUCUUCGGCGGCACCUACUGGCCCGGCCCGGGCACCGAGCACAGCACCGCGGCGGGGGCCGACAGCAACCUGGCGGCCCAGAGCGGCGGUGGAGGCGGCGGUGGCGAGUCUGCCGUCGGCGACGAGACGGGACCCUACAACGAUUUCCUGGCCAUCGCCAAGAAGAUCCACAAGUUCUGGGUCGAGCAGGAGGAGCGGUGCCGGAGGGAGGCGUUCGAGAUGCUGCAUAAGCUGCAGGACUUCGCGCAGGAGGGGACCUUCGGCGGGGGCGGGACGACCAUCUCGACUGGCACAGGGGCGGGGCCGUCCAUCACCACCACUGCCGAGCCGGGGGAUCUCGAUCUGGAUCAGCUGGACGAGGCGCUGGGUCGGAUCACCAAGAUGUUCGACCCGGUCGACUACGGGUUUGGCACGCCCAAGUUCCCGAAUCCGGCCCGGCUGUCGUUCUUGCUCCGGCUGCCGCAUUUUCCGAGCGAGGUGGCGGAUGUGAUUGGGGAGAAGGAGGUCGGCAAUGCGACGUCGAUGGCGAUCAAGACCCUGCGGCGGAUCCGGGACGGCGGGCUGAGGGACCAUCUCGGUGCCGGCUUCAUGCGGUUCAGCGUCACGAGCGACUGGAGCAUGCCGCAUUUUGAGAAGAUGGUAGGGGAGAAUGCACUGCUGUUGGGCGUGUUCCUGGAUGCGUGGCUUGGGCAUUCCCGAGAUAGUAGCAAGGAGUUGACGCUGGACGACGAGUUCGCCGACGUCGUGCUCGAGCUGGCCGAUUACCUCACGAGCCCGCAGAUACGCUUGUCGAAUGGCGGCUUUGUGAUGAGCGAGGCCGCGGAUUCGUUUUACCGCAAGGGCGACCGACACAUGCGAGAGGGCGCGUAUUACCUCUGGACUCGCAGGGAGUUCGACCAGGUGGUGGGGGGCGGAUCCAGCAGCGAUGACCACGCGAGCUCUGUCGCGGCCGCGUAUUGGAACGUGCAGGAAGACGGCAACGUGCCGCAGGACCAGGACCCGUUUGACGAGUUUAUCAACCAGAACGUUCUGUCCGUCAACGCGGAUGCCACGGAGCUGUCCAAACAGUUCAGCAUUCCUCCCUCGGAAAUCAAGAGCUCUGUUGCCAGCGCGCGGGAGAAACUGCGUGCUCACCGUGAGAGGGAGCGGCCCCGCCCCGCGAGAGACGAGAAGGUGGUGGUGGCCGUCAACGGCAUGGUCAUUGCGGCAUUAGCUCGGACAGCCGGCGCCGUCCGUUGGCUCGAUCCCGCGAGAGUGGCCAAAUACCUUCAAGCCGCCAAGACCGCAGCGGCGUUCAUCAGAGACAAUCUCUGGGCUGAGACCGAUAACAAGACCAACCCCCUGCGUCGUUUCUUCUGGGAACGCCCUAGUCAGACGCUCGCCUUUGCAGAUGACUAUGCUUUUCUGAUUGAUGGGUUGCUGGAUCUCUACACGGCGACGUUCGAGCAAGAAUGGCUGGACUGGGCUAAACAAUUACAAGACACACAAACCCGCCUCUUCUACGACCCACCUCUAGCCCCCAACUCGAAGGCCACACCGGACCCGCGCCACGCCUACGCAGGCGGCUUCUACUCGACCGAAGCCGAGACGCUCAGCCCGACCAUCCUCCGCCUCAAGAGCGGCAUGGACAAGGCGAUGCCUUCCACCAAUGCCGUUGCGGCGUCCAAUUUGUUCCGCCUGGGGACGUUGCUGAACGAGCAAAAGUAUGUUCUGCAGGCCAAGGAGACGGUAAACGCGUUCGAGGCCGAGAUCCUGCAGUACCCUUGGCUAUUUGUUGGCUUGUUGACUAGUGUCGUGACGGCAAGGUUGGGCGUGAGGACCGCGAGGGUUGACCGCAGGGAGGAUGAGGAUGUCUUAAGGGCGUGGUAUACGCGCCCGAGGGCCGAGGCCGGCGUGCUGAUUCUCGUUGAAGGGAAGGAGGAGGGGGCAGGAAAGACAAAACGCGAGGAGGACAGUAUAAAGGAGGGUACUAAGCAGGGCGAUGGCGUUUGGGAAGGUUUGAAAAAGAAAGUUGAGGAUUUGACUAUUGGAUCACGUUCUUGAUCAGGUAAAGGAAGGAAGUGAAGGUUGGAUUAGAGAUGCAAUCAUGACAUUUACGUUUUGGAAGUGGCACCAUACAGUAUUGGAUCGAGCGGUAAAUUUGAGAGGACUGGCAUGGCACGAGAGAUGGAUGGAUUUGCAUAAUAAGGAAGGAGCAUUCGCCAGCAGCUGGGUAUCUAACUUGGUCAUACCCGACGUUAUGAGGCCGAUAGAUGAUGCACCACAAAACAGACAGCAGAAAUACUACCUACGUAGUAAUACACUGCGACUACGUCUAGGUAAAAUUGAUGGUUAC